AUGGCGUGUGUGAGGCAAAGGUAUUGGAUUCCCCAGCGCAGACGCUUGCUUGAUAGAAUCAUACGACGCUGUGUAGUGUGCCGACGGAACAACUGGAGGAGUAGGCAUCAAAGGCAAGCUGACUUACCAAUAGAUCGUGUCACGCCUGGAAAGGCACCAUUUGCUUACACUGGAACGGACUGUUUUGGUCCAUUCAUUAUCAAGGUAGGGAGGAAACAGGUCAAGUGCUGGGGAUGUCUGUUUACAUGUCUAACUGUUAGGGCUGUUCAUCUAAAAGUCUUGACCUCAUUAGACACAGAUGCCUUCCUCAACGCAAUAAGGUUCUCACGACGCAGAGGUACACCAGAGUGUAUUAGGUCGGAUAAUGGGACAAACAUAGUCCGGGCAGCCAAAGAGCUCAAACUGGCUGUGAAAAGUUGGGAGCAAGAUGACAGACUCAGAGGUGCCUUACUGAAAGCAGAUAUUGACUGGGUCUUCAAUCCACCAGUUGCCCCAUACAUGGGGGGAGUAUGGGAAAGGCUGAUUCGCACAGUAAAGAAGGUCCUACAGGCGAUUGUGGGCUCACAAGUUUUAGACGAUGAACGUCUGCAAACACUGUUCUGUGAAGUGGAAGCCAUAGUUAACGAGAGGCCAAUUACCCCGGUUCCAAACACUCCAAAUGAACCAAAGGCUCUCAUGCCUGCUGAUCUUUUGCACUUAAGUCGAAAGGGUAAUCUUCCCUUAGGUGGAAGGUCAAUAGGCGAAUCAUACCACAGAAGGUGGAAGCAUGUCCAGUAUCUUGCAGAUCAAUUUUGGAAGCGCUGGCUGACCUAG